CCUGCUGCUGUCCUUCUCUCUGGAGGCAGUUGUCUGGGACUCUGAUAAUCAUGGCUCUCCUAAAGGUUUCAUUUGUCCAGAUGUCCAAGAGGUGCCUCCAACAGCAUGUAGGUGUCUGCUGGAACCUUGGAUCUAAGCUCAAUGUUCAUACACCACCUACAAUGCCUCCAUGUGACUUCAUGCCUGAAAGAUAUGAGUCUCUGCCUUAUAAUCAUAUACUGGAGAUUCGGAAACAGAAUUUUUCACCCCAGAUGUCCACUUAUUUCCAGAAGCCCUUGUUGCUUCAUCAAGGAUAUAUGCAAUGGUUAUUUGACUAUGAAGGAAAAAGAUAUUUAGAUCUCUUUUCAGGGAUCGUCACUGUUAGCGUUGGCCAUUGCCACCCAAGGGUAACUACAGCUGCACAAAAUCAGUUUGGGCGCCUGUGGCAUACAAGUCCUGUCUUCCUGCAUCCAGCAAUCCAUGAAUAUGCAGAGAAGCUGACAGCCCUUCUUCCUGAUCCACUUAAGGUUGUUUACUUUACAAACAGUGGCUCAGAAGCCAAUGAUUUGGCUAUGGUGAUGGCACGAAGCCAUUCUCAGAAUGUUGACAUCAUUUCUUUCAGGGGAGCUUACCAUGGAGCCAGUCCUUCCACUCUGGGCUUGACAAGUGUAGGAGCAUUCAAGCCAAGAACUGCCAGUGGAUCAAGUUGCCAAACAACGAUGUGUCCAGAUGUUUUCCGUGGCCCCUGGGGAGGAAGCCAAUGUCGAGAUUCUCUGGUGCAAACAAUUAGGCAAUGCAGCUGCACUCCAGGCUGCUGUGAGGCCAAUAGCCAAUACAUUGAACAGUUCAAAAAUACAUUGCACACUGUGGUAGCCAAAGAAAUUGCUGGCUUUUUUGCAGAACCUAUUCAGGGUGUCAAUGGAGUGGUUCAGUACCCUAAGGAAUUUCUGAAGGAAGCUUUCCAGUUGGUGAGAGAGAGGGGAGGCGUGUGCAUUGCUGAUGAAGUACAAACAGGAUUUGGCAGGCUGGGCACUCAUUUCUGGGGAUUCCAAAGUCACGGAGUCCUCCCUGAUAUUGUCACCAUGGCCAAGGGGAUAGCAAAUGGCUUCCCCAUGUCAGCAGUUGUAACCACACCAGAGAUUGCUAACUCCUUAACUAAAUCCAUGAGUUUCUUCAACACAUUUUCUGGAAACCCAAUAGCUGGUGUGAUUGGAUCUGCUGUACUUGACGCAAUUAAAGAAGAUGGCCUACAGGAAAACAGCCAAGAAACUGGUUCCUAUCUGCUACUGAAGUUGGCCAAGCUACAGAAUGAAUUUGAAAUAGUUGGAGAUGUCCGUGGAAAGGGCCUCAUGAUAGGAGUAGAAAUGGUGCAAGAUCGAGAGAGUCGUCAACCUCUUCCUCUCAAAGAAAUGAAUCUAAUCCAUGAAGAGUGCAAAGACAUGGGUCUUCUCCUUGGGAGAGGUGGACUUUUUAGUCAGACAUUCCGAAUUGCACCCCCAAUGUGCAUCACUAAACAGGAGGCUGAUUUUGCAGUGGAAGUAUUUCAUUCUGUAUUGAGAAGACAUAUGGAAAAAAAAGCUAAAGGGAAGUUUUAAAAAAAAGACUUAGAAAACCCUCAAGACCUUUCCAUCAUGUACAAGAACUAACUGGAGUUGCAUUAGGGUACUUCAAUCCACAGAUCAUAUACAGAUCUGGAAAGGAAAGCUAAUCCAUCAGAAGGCAGGCACAGAGCCCAAAAAACUCUCAACAGGCUGGCAUAAUAGGCUAAGCUGACAAGACAAUAUUUAAUAAGAAUAAAUGUGAAUUCUUUGCUUUGAA